AGAACAGAGAUCACAAUCUGUGGAACAGUUGUACUUCCUGUUUUCUCCAGACUGAGCUGCAGCUGCCACCGUGAACAGAACAGCUCCUCAGCUCCUCACUGGAUCAACCUACCGCUCCACCACAGCGCGCGUGACUGCAUUACCUGCAAAUGGCCCCCUGGUGGCUGAGCUGCAGUACUGCAGUGUUCCUGCUCUUGCUCCACAUUGACCUGGGCGUCACGCAGUCCUGCAGCAGCGGGUUUCCAGGGAUUCCUGGGAUACCUGGCACACAUGGCCCUAAUGGGUUAGACGGUCUAAAGGGAGAGAAAGGAGACCCUGGUGAGGCAGGUCAACCUGUCAGGGGCCAGAAGGGGUUACAAGGACUGCGGGGCUCCCCUGGACGGCCAGGGCUGAAGGGGGACAUAGGCCUUGCAGGACCUCCUGGUAAUCCCGGCCUGCCAGGGGAGAAGGGGAGACCCUUCAGCCCUUCCAGCAUGCAGAAAUCUUUCUUCUCCUACAAACGGGUCACCACAGAGCUGGCAGACAUGGACACCACUCUCGACUUCAACAAGGAGAUCCAGCCUGACCUGGACCAACAGUUUAAAGGAGAAAUGCUCACAAAUGGGGUCUACACCAGUGCCAUCAAAGGCAUUUACUUCUUCAGUUACCACAUUUCGGCAAAGAGCAGAGUGUGUAUGAAGCUGAUGAAGGUCACUGACGUUAAGAUGACGCUGUGUGACUCGUCUGAAGGUUUCCUCGUCACCUCGGGGUCGGCGAUGCUGGAGCUGGAUGUCGGGGAGACAGUGUCACUGGAGCUCACCAAAUACAACUCCAUUGCACCGAGCGAGAGCACCAGCCACACCUUCACCGGCUUCCUCAUCUCCCCAACCGGUUAACGUCCUUUCUCAUCCAGAAAAUCAUUCUGAAACAUCACAGACUCUUCGAAGACUUUAGGGCACCUGAUUUGAUAGAAAUUGGCACAUCAGUGGAACUAUUUUAUAGAAGCACCGGUGUUUUUGGUUAUUCAAAUAUAACAAAAAUUAUCACAAUGAGAAAACCAUGUUUUUGGACCUUUAAAAGACAAAAUGUGUUAUCUGCAAGUCAAACUGAAACCCUUCACUUUUUAUGCAAAGUAAAACUUUCAUUUAACAACAAA